AUGCGCAACGCCCUCAACGCCCUUAGCGACACCGUCAAGGAUCCCGCCGAAAAGAAGCGGUUCGAGGCCGAGAUGGACAACUUCUUCUCGCUCUUCCGCAGAUACCUGAACGACAAGGCCAAGGGCAACGUCCUCUCCUGGGACCGCAUUGCUCCUCCACAGCCCAACCAGGUGGUCGAGUACGACGACCUGGGCGAGUCCGCCUCGGUCGAGUAUCUCAAGAAGCUCGCAGUCGUCAAGCUCAAUGGCGGCCUGGGUACCUCCAUGGGAUGCGUGGGACCAAAGUCCGUCAUCGAGGUCCGCGAGGGCAUGUCCUUCCUCGACCUCUCCGUCAGACAGAUCGAGUACCUCAACCGCACCUACAACGUCAGCGUGCCCCUGGUGCUCAUGAACUCCUUCAACACCGACGAUGACACCCAGUCCAUCAUCAAAAAGUACGAGGGCCACAACAUCGACAUCAUCACCUUCAACCAGUCCAGAUAUCCCCGUAUCCUCAGGGACUCCCUUCUUCCAGCGCCCAAGAGCUACAACUCCGCCAUCAGUGACUGGUACCCCCCGGGCCACGGAGACGUCUUCGAGUCUCUCAUGAACUCGGGCACCCUCGACAAGCUGCUCGACCGCGGUGUCGAGAUCAUCUUCCUCUCCAACGCCGACAACUUGGGUGCUGUCGUCGACAUGCGCAUCCUCGAGCACAUGGUCAAGAACGACGCCGAGUACAUCAUGGAACUCACCAACAAGACCAAGGCCGACGUCAAGGGUGGUACCAUCAUCGACUACGAGGGUAAAGCCCGCCUGCUUGAAAUCGCCCAGGUGCCCAAGGAGCACGUCAACGAGUUCAAGUCCAUCAAGAAGUUCAAGUACUUCAACACCAACAACAUCUGGAUGAACCUCCGCGCCGUCAAGCGUGUCGUCGAAGAGGGCGGCCUCCAGAUGGAGAUCAUCCCCAAUGGCAAGACCAUCCCCGCCGACAAGAAGGGCGAGGCAGACAUCUCCAUCAUCCAGCUCGAGACUGCCGUCGGUGCUGCCAUCCGCCACUUCAAGAACGCUCACGGAGUCAACGUGCCCCGUCGCCGCUUCUUGCCCGUCAAGACCUGCUCCGACCUCAUGCUCGUCAAGUCUGACCUCUACACCCUCAAGCACGGCCAGCUCGUCAUCGACCCCAACCGCUUCGGUGACGCCCCCCUGAUCAAGCUCGGAACAGACUUCAAGAAGGUCUCCGACUUCAUGAACCACAUCCCCAGCAUCCCUCGUAUCCUCGAGCUCGACCACCUCACCAUCUCCGGUGCCGUCAACCUCGGCCGUGGUGUCACCCUCAAGGGAACCGUCAUCAUCGUGGCCACCGAGGGCAGCACCAUUGACAUCCCCCCAGGCUCCAUCCUUGAGAACGUCGUCGUCCAGGGCAGUCUUCGCAUCCUCGAGCAUUAG